CACCAUUUGCAGUCAAUUUUCACAAUUUUCAUAUCGCUCUCUCUCUCUCUCUCUCAAAUUGCCAAAACCCAAUUACACAGAGUGAUUUCUCAUCAUGGGUAAAGAAAAGGUUCACAUCAGCAUUGUGGUCAUUGGCCAUGUUGACUCUGGCAAGUCAACCACAACUGGUCACUUGAUCUACAAGCUUGGAGGAAUUGACAAGCGUGUUAUUGAAAGGUUCGAGAAAGAAGCUGCUGAAAUGAACAAAAGGUCAUUCAAGUACGCAUGGGUUCUUGACAAACUUAAGGCUGAGCGUGAGCGUGGUAUCACAAUUGAUAUUGCUCUAUGGAAGUUUGAGACUACCAAGUACUACUGCACUGUCAUUGAUGCUCCCGGACAUCGUGAUUUUAUUAAGAAUAUGAUUACUGGCACAUCUCAAGCUGAUUGUGCUGUUUUGAUCAUUGACUCUACCACUGGUGGUUUUGAGGCUGGUAUUUCCAAAGAUGGUCAGACCCGUGAGCAUGCUCUUCUUGCUUUCACUCUUGGUGUUAAGCAAAUGAUCUGCUGUUGCAACAAGAUGGAUGCAACCACUCCGAAAUACUCCAAGGCUAGAUACGAUGAAAUUGUUAAGGAAGUUUCAUCUUACUUGAAGAAGGUUGGGUACAACCCAGAGAAAAUUGCCUUUGUUCCCAUCUCUGGUUUUGAAGGAGAUAACAUGAUUGAGAGGUCAACAAACCUUGAUUGGUACAAAGGACCCACUCUUCUUGAAGCUCUUGACAAUGUCAAUGAGCCCAAGAGACCAUCUGACAAGCCACUUCGUCUUCCACUUCAAGACGUGUACAAGAUUGGAGGUAUUGGAACUGUGCCUGUGGGACGUGUGGAAACCGGUGUUAUAAAACCUGGUAUGGUUGUAACCUUCGGACCAACUGGUCUGACCACUGAAGUCAAGUCAGUUGAGAUGCAUCACGAAGCCUUAUCUGAAGCUCUUCCUGGUGACAAUGUUGGGUUCAAUGUCAAGAAUGUGGCUGUCAAGGAUCUCAAGCGUGGCUAUGUGGCAUCCAACUCCAAAGAUGACCCUGCUAAGGGUGCUGCAAGUUUCACAUCUCAGGUUAUUAUCAUGAACCAUCCUGGUCAGAUUGGAAAUGGUUAUGCUCCAGUUCUGGACUGUCACACAUCUCACAUCGCUGUCAAGUUUAGUGAAAUUUUGACCAAGAUUGACCGUCGGUCAGGAAAGGAGCUAGAAAAGGAGCCUAAGUUUUUGAAGAACGGUGAUGCUGGAAUGGUUAAAAUGCUUCCAACUAAGCCGAUGGUUGUGGAGACUUUUGCUGAGUACCCUCCUCUUGGUCGAUUUGCUGUUAGGGACAUGAGGCAGACCGUUGCUGUUGGUGUCAUCAAGAGUGUGGACAAAAAGGACCCAACUGGAGCUAAGGUGACCAAGGCAGCAGUGAAGAAGGGGGCCAAGUGAAGGAUUUGCUAUUAUCUGUUUGUUUCUAUUAUCUUUAGUGACUAUGUUUAUUUUUCCUUAUGGUUUAGAAAUUUUGGUAUUUGGUUUUGGAACUUGCAUUGCUGUACUCUAGCCUCACUUGUGAGGAUGGGUGGAGGUAUCGAGCAACAUGUUGCUUGAUGACGGUGAUGGAAGUUUUCAAUAUCCAGAUUUUUGUGGUUAUGUUGCUACUUUGAGUUUGUGGUUUGUUGGCAAAACUCUUUGAAGUCUGGUAUUAUGAACUUCUAUGCCCUUUUGGGAAAUUUUCUUGUUA